AUGAAUGAGGGACAAAUCAACCCUGCGCAGAGAGUAAUACAUAUCAGAUCCGAACAAGCGCCAACAGAAACACAGAAAGAGAACAUGAACGAUGAUGCCAUGCAUUUCAAUGAAUCUGAUGCCCCUGAGCUACAAAAGAUUCGUCAGGUAGUCCAAGAAGCCAUCAUACUCGCUGGUAGUGCGACUGCUGUCUUAUUGCAAGUAGCUGAACCUGGCGUUGCCAAAGGGGUUGAUCGACACAGCAAUUUUGCACAUCGACCAUUGAACCGCCUUCGUACCAGCGUGACAUACAUCUACUGCAUGACAUUUGGCACCCCAGAGGAGAAAAAGUCUAUCAUAGAGUUGGUCCAUCGUGCUCAUGCUACAGUAAAAGGACGGAGUUACUCUGCCGAUGAUCCAAAGCUCCAAUUAUGGGUGGCUGCAACGCUCUAUGCAGUGAGCAUCGAGCUUUAUCAGCAGGUCUUCGGCUUCAUGGACGACAUGACCGCCGAGACAACCUAUAAAGAGUACUGGAUACUUGCAGAAUCUCUUCGUGUCCCUUUGGGAAUGUGCCCGCUGAUAAUUACUGAUCACGCCAGGAGUGUUGCUCAAGACCUCCUUUACAAUACCAAAGCCCCCCUUCAAAUCCGUGUUGUCCUCCCUCUGGUACGCCUGGCAACUGUCCAGAUGCUACCUGCGAGGAUUCGCGAAGCCUACGGGCUGAAAUCAAAUAAGCUUCGAAGGGGUGCAUAUCGAGUCAUUGUGGUGCUCACUAAAUUUAUUUAUCCUUAUCUUCCUGAGACUAUGCGUACUUACCCCAUGCGUUACUACUUGGGGGAAAUGCGGCAGCGCCUUCAGAAGGAGGUUUAA